CUAUACGGUUUCUUCUUGGCCGGUCGUCAUUAGGUAGGCGCUAAUCUCCUGCUGCGGUCGGAUUUCGAAACCCUUUCAUCUCCAUGCGGAAGCGUCCCCAAAAUAUACUGAACCCUAGAUCGAUUAUCUUCUCCCGCUCUCUUCUUGCAACCCUUCAUGUGUGAGCAUAGGGCGCAGGAGUACGACAUUGGGCCUUGGGCUUGAUCCCUCGUUAAGUGGAGAAGAGAACGAUGGCGUCUCUGUUCAAGGACCCGAACAAGCUUUCGGCUUAUAGGGAUAGAAGGUUCCAAGGCACCCAGGAAGAGUACGAGCAUGCUUUGCAAACCUCGAUAACAGUUUAUAUUGGCAAUUUGUCGUUCUACACAACUGAAGAGCAGGUUUAUGAGCUCUUCUCCCGUGCUGGAGAGAUCAAAAAGAUAAUUAUGGGUCUAGAUAAGAACAGCAAGACUCCCUGUGGCUUUUGCUUCGUCUUGUAUUAUUCUAGGGAAGAUGCCGAAGAUGCAGUUAAAUAUAUCAGUGGGACCAUUCUUGAUGAUCGUUCUAUUCGUGUAGACUUUGACUGGGGAUUUGAAGAAGGAAGACAAUGGGGUCGUGGUCGUAGUGGCGGACAGGUGCGCGACGAGUAUCGUACGGAUUAUGAUCCUGGUAGGGGUGGUUAUGGAAAACUGGUCCAGAGAGAGUUGGAGGCGCAAAGACAGUUAGUUGAAUAUGGUGGAGGUUCAUUGGACUCUUUUCAGCCAAACAUACCAACUCAUUAUGGCCGGCGCGGCGGAGACAGACAAUCCACUGGUUACAGACAAAGUCAAGAUUACAGUCACAAGCGAUAUCGUGACGAAGAGAGGACCAACGAUUAUGAUUCGAGGAACUCCGAUACUAAUUCCAGACUGGCGAAGAACCCUCGCUUUCGAGAAAGCGGCGACUCUGAUGAUGAAGACGACGAUGGUCAGAAACGUCGCCGUUGAAAUUUACCUGUAAGAGCCUUUACAGGCCGCCGGCGGGGCCAUUACUUGUUGGGAUAAUAGCCGAGUAGGUUGACGAGUGCCCUUUGUUGUUAGAUAUGUAAUUUUCCUUUUACUUUCAAUGCCUCGUUAGUAAUAUUAUCUUCAGCACUUAAAAAAUUUAAAAAAAAAAGUUUUUUUUUUUUUCAUGC